UUUACAGUUUUGACUUUUGCUUCUCAGUGUCGUCUCCGCUCCUUUGUUUGCCCUCCCGCAGUCGUAUACAGUCAUCUCUCUCUCUCUCUCUCUACCUGAACUUGAAUUCAUGAACUAAUCUGAAGACUUUCACUCUGGUUUUUAUGUGUUCACUUGUACAAAAUGUUCGAUUGUGGUUCCAAUCCAAAAUAUUUAGGUGGCCAGGGAGAGAAGUUUAGAAGGUUGGAUGACUUGGACUCUAGAUUGUCAUCGCCGUUGGCCUCUAGUGCUAUGAACAAAUGUGGGUUCAACAUUGAGGGUUUGGGUCUUGCUAGUCAUGCUACUAAUACCUCAUCUAAAUCCUUCAAGAGAGGAAUGCAAAAAGGAUCUGAAGGACUAAAGUCAAUUGGUCGGUCACUGGGAUUUGGGGGGGCAGUGUUUCCUGAAGAUCUUAAAGUGUCAGAGAAGAAGAUAUUUGACCCUCAGGACAAGUUCCUUUUGUUGUGGAAUAAACUUUUUGUCAUAUCAUGUAUUCUGGCGGUGUCUGUGGAUCCACUGUUUUUCUAUCUUCCAGUUUUCGAUAGCUCGUCAAAUUGUUUAGGGAUACAACGAAAGUUAGCCAUUACAGCUACUAUACUCCGUACAAUUGUUGACGCUUUCUAUCUUAUUCACAUGGCUCUCCAAUUCAGGACUGCGUAUAUUGCUCCAUCAUCUCGGGUUUUUGGACGAGGUGAACUUGUUAUAGAUCGUGCACAAAUUGCAAAACGAUACCUCAGGUCGUAUUUUAUCGUUGAUCUCCUUGCUGUGCUACCCCUGCCGCAGCUUGUUGUCUGGAGGUUUCUACAGAGAUCAAAGGGUUCAGAUGUACUGGGCACAAAAGAAGCCUUGCUUUUUAUCGUGUUGCUUCAAUAUAUCCCUAGAUUUGUCCGGAUUUUACCCUUAACGUCAGAAUUGAAAAGGACUGCGGGUGUAUUUGCCGAAACAGCAUGGGCUGGUGCUGUAUACUAUUUACUACUAUACAUGCUUGCCAGUCAUGUAAGGAACUGUUUAAGUUGGUUGACAUCGUUUUAUAAUGUGAUGCAUUCUUGUGUGUCACUUAAAUCUUUUUUUCAUCAUGUCCUUUGAACUUAAGCUUUGUUGAUUUUAAG